AUGAACUUCAGCAGCCUCUGCUCCAGGGACCAAGAGUCCGUGCGGAGGGCUGCUGAGCUCAGUGCCGCCGUGUAUCGGGAGCCCACAGGCAAGGAGACAGAUUUUCAGGACAUCUACAGCGUCAACCGUGCCAUGUUCUGGACACAGCCUGGCGCUGUGGCCUUUCGAGGCACCAAUAAUUUCUCGAACGCGAUUCAAGAUGUGCAGUGCGGGAUGCAGCCGUUGGCAAACUCCAACAUACGUGGAAGGGUGCACCGAGGAUUUCAAGAGGCAUUGCUCAGGGUGAAUCCAUCCAAGAUUGUGAAGCGCAUGGAAGGCGCCAACGAGUCCACUUGGCUUGUGACAGGCCAUUCGUUGGGUGGUGCAAUGGCAACUCUCUUUGCGCAAUUUUGCUUGGAGCGAGCUUCGGGCAACGUUGUCCUGGUUACUUUUGGAGCCCCUCAUCCAGGAGAUUCCGCAUUCCAGCAAGAGAUGGAGAAGCAUGCACGCUCUGGACGCCUUCGGAUUGUCAGAAUGACCAACCACUUGGAUCCGGUUCCGUCCCUUCCUGGUGUAGUUGCGGGGGAGUUCCGCCACCCAUGUAGCCCAACGUUUGCGGACGUGUUACCUGCACAAAUCUGCCAUACGGUGGUUGAUUUUGUUUCCAUGAUGUUCCGCAACAUGAAGUGGUUAGAUGGCUGCCACGAUGAGUGCGCUCCGCUGCAUGAUCUAGCAAAACGCAAUCACAGCAUGGAUGUGUAUGUCAGGAACAUUGCAGACUUGAACGUGGCGCAUGCUUGCAAGACGGUAAUGGAGUUCUGCAAGGCAGCCACAUCUUUCACAGGCGUGCCACUUCCCCCAGCAGUGCAGGUGUUCUUGGAUGUGUUUUCUGCUCCUCAGUGCUCUGCUCAGCAAAUCGGGUGUCAGUUUGGUGCUGCUUCAGUGAAUUGUUUUCAGGAGUCACUUGCCAACAAGCUGUCUGGGAGUCUGAGCUUGUCGCAUGAAUCUGCGUCAGAAGCCAUACAAAUCAUUUCCCAGGGCCUCCAGACUGCUGCCGGCACAGGACGGGCUGACCUAACCGCUAUUGAGGUGUCAACGCGUGCUGCUUGGGCCUAUGCGAUUGAGGGGCGGGUGAUCAGCUGGUUCUCAAGAUGGUCCGAGGGUUUGUCAAUGGACGUGCUGAAGAAGAUGUCUGGAGCCGUCCUAUGCGGCGUGACUGCAUGGAUGAAAGACUCCUACGGAUACAUCCGUGCCUUUAUGUCCGGUGAGAUCGAUGGCUUUGACACGCUCAAAGCCAUCAUGGGAGCAGGCUUUGAAGCUGUUUGCCUUGCCGCUGGAGGAGCUGCGGGUGCGUGGGCCUGUUGCACGACUGCAGUUGCCAUUGGCUUGACAGGUCCCAUCGGCUGGUUGUGUGCAGGCUUGGCGGGCUUGGCGGGCACGGGGCUGGGCGCGUACCUGGGCAAGAUGCUGGGCACCAAAUUGCGAGGAUGGUUCCAUGAGAUGUUCGGGGGCAGCCCAGAUAUGGCCAAGCUGCGAGCCUACAAGGAGUUGGGCCUCAGCAGCUCGGCCUCGCCGGACGAGAUCCGAACGGCUUUCAAGCACCUUGCAUUGCAGCGGCACCCCGACAAAGGAGGAGAUAAAGAAGCAUUCCACCGCCUGAGGAUGGCAUAUGGGGUCCUCUGCGCUGCACAUUCGACCUGCCCAGAGGACAAGAUUGUUGAGAGGAACUUUGAGACCAAGGCCAUCAUGGACGGAUGGACGCUCAACAAGGAGGUGGAGCUGUUGGACGAUGCUGCCUUGGCAUCCUUCAAGAAGGAAACUAAGGAGAUGCAGGUCGGCAAGCUGGAAUGGCUCUUGGCUUCACUGAAGGGGCUCCAAGAGAAAGUGGCAGUGCUCAGGAAGGACUUGCGCAAUGUGAAGUAUCAUACGCUUGGGCUGUCCCCCGGUGCUUCCAAGGCCCAGCUGACCAAGGCUUACCAUCAGCUGGCGCUCAAGCUCCAUCCGGACAAGAAGCGCUUGGACUCAGACGUGGCUUUCAAAAACUUACAGAGCGCCUACAAGGAGCUGCUUUCGUGCGUCGAUGGGAGCGCUGCGUCUGAGGAAGCAUCAGACCAGCCAGCCACCGAGGAUUCCAAGGCCACAAGCCCUGAGCAGCAGCUUCAAGAGCGGUACCUGUUGAUCCGGAAGAUCGUCAAGAGUGAGAGUUCGCAGGUGAAGGAUUUGCAGACCGAGUUGGACAAAGCGCUCAUGAUGCCCGCAUACUGA